AUGUUGCUCCACUGGUUCCAAGAUAAUACCACCUUGCUCCAGCCCUUCAUCAAUGGCUCCGACGCGCGCAUCCCCACGGUGUCGAUCGACGAGCUGCAGAUGGAGGCCACCCUCUCAUCCUCUGCGGUCACGCCGUCGAGCCAGAGCCGUCCCAUCCUGGACACACUGGAGAGCUGCAGAGGGGCCACGAUCCACAUCAUCGACUCCGCCUUCGUGAUGAGUGCGCCCCCCGUGGUCGACCUCGCCCAGGUCCCGGGGCUGGAGGGCCUGUGCUGGCGGUCGCGGACCGUGGUGGACAACCAGGGUGCGAUCACGGUGGGCGCCGCCUACAUCGACAAGCUCCGCAUAUACCCCAUGAUGCUUGGCCUGCUGGAUGGGAGGUUCCCAGACAUGCCGGGCACGGCCUUCCCCCUCCGUCCGGCGGCAAACAUCACGCUCCUCGUCCCGAAUCCAGACUCGGUCAGCAGCAUGCUUCAGCAGCUCGAGAUGGUGCCGGCCUCGGAGCCGGAACGUGUGGCGACCGUUUUUGGGCAGUAUGUGAUUCCAGACCCAGAGGACGGCGGCCUGAGUGGGGGCGCAAUUGCUGGUAUCGUGAUUGGCACCCUGGUCGGCGUAGCCCUGGUGGGCCUCCUGGUCUGGAUCUUCCUCCUGCCCAGCCGCCCUUGGCUGCCAGCAGAUCACGGGGUGUACUCUGGGAGGCUUCGGAAUGGGGAGCUGAUGGCCAUCAAGGUUCUCCUGGGCGGGGACCAAACCGAGGCCGCCCAGCUCGUCAUGGAGAAGCGGCUGCUGCGGGAGAUCGAGAUCCUGAAGACCUGCCGCUCCAAGUACAUUGUCAGCUUCAUGGCCAUGGGCACAGACCCGGUCAGCGGCAACACCCUGCUCUUCAUGGAGAGAGCCCUGGGUGGUGACGUGUGGAGCGGGCUGCGUGCCAAGCGCCUGGACUGGCACCGUCAGGGCUGGCGCAUCGCGCUCGAUGUCGCCAGGGGCCUGGUGUACCUGUCCAUCAGAAAGAUCGUGCACAACGAUCUGAAGACCUCCAACAUCCUCCUGGACGACUACGGCAGCGCCAAGAUCACCGACGUCGGCCUCGCCCGCAUGCUGCCUGCCACCUUCACAGACCCACUGUACAAUCGGCAGCGCGAAGGUGGUACCUUCAACUGGUGCUCGCCGGAGGUCAUCCUCGGGCUGCGGACCACUGCCCAGUCUGACAUGUACAGCUACGGGGUCGUUCUCUGGGAGCUGGUGACGUCCGAGAUCCCCAAGCGGGGGAAGAUGCGACCCAUCAGGGUACCGGAGGAGUGCCCAGAAGCGGUGGUUAACCUCAUGGAGGCCUGCUGGUCGGCCGAGCCCAAAAGCCGGCCCAGGGCGGAGGAGGCGGUUCGCAUCCUGAGCUCCCUGUAUGAGACGCCGGAGGGCGCUGGCGCACGCUCAUCUUGA